AUGAUGAAGUCCUUUCACACACUGACUGCAGAAGAACCUCCUUCAUCCUCUGUGGCUUUAGAAGCCUCCGAGUCACGCCCCGGCCCUGGAGUGUUCUUCUUCCUUGGGGGGACUGUAUUGCUCACCAUAUUGCUCAUUCUCCUGUUUAUAUUUUGGAGGCGUGGUAAACAGCCAGCAAAGGUGAUGGAGAACACAAAUCUAACAAGUCAGCAGCAUGGACCGAUGAACUUCAUUAGUGGGAACCUUCGGACAAUUAGUCACUUUGACUUUCGGACAUUGAGGAGUGCCACUAAAAAUUUCCAUCCUCAGAAUCUUCUUGGAAGUGGUGGAUUUGGGCCUGUCUAUCAGGGCAAGUUGGCAGAUGGAAGGCUUAUUGCAGUAAAGACAUUGUCUCUUGACAAGUCUCAACAAGGAGAAAAAGAAUUUCUGGCAGAAGUGAGAAUGAUCACAAGCAUCCAACACAAAAAUCUGGUUCGUCUUCUGGGAUGCUGCACAGACGGGCCUCAAAGGAUACUUGUGUACGAAUAUAUGAAGAACAGAAGAAAGAGUGAUGAAUUUCUGAAUUGGAACACUAGAUUCCAAAUUAUUCUUGGUGUAGCACGGGGAUUACAAUAUCUCCACGAGGAUUCGUCGCAUUUAAGAAUUGUUCAUCGAGACAUCAAAGCAAGCAACAUUCUUCUUGAUGAGAAGUUUCAGCCUAGGAUUGGAGACUUUGGACUAGCUAGGUUCUUCCCUGAAGACCAAACUUAUCUUAGCACUCAGUUUGCAGGAACAUUAGGUUAUACAGCCCCUGAGUAUGCCAUUAGGGGAGAACUGUCCGAAAAGGCAGACAUCUAUAGUUUCGGAGUUCUUGUGCUUGAAAUCAUCAGUUGCAGGAAAAACACAGACCUUACUUUACCAUCAGAAAUGCAGUACCUCCCUGAAUUUGCAUGGAAACUUUAUGAGAAGUCAAUGUUGAUGGAUAUAGUAGAUCCAAAGUUGAGAGAAGAUGGCAUAGAAGAAAAGGAUGCCAUGCAAGCAUUUCAGGUGGCCUUGUUGUGCCUUCAGCCACACGCGGAUUUGAGACCUGCAAUGUCAGAGAUAGUAGCAUUGUUGACAUUCAAAGUUGAAAUGGUUACCAAGCCAAUGAGGCCAACCUUCGUUGAAAGAAGGCGCGUAAUGGAUGAUGAGAACCACUCUUGGGUAGCCAUAUCCUCGUAG